AUGCACAGUACUAAACCAUGCUCUGAUUGUACCACAGUAGCAGAGGGACAAGGAUUCCUCAUAAGGAACACCCAUCAAGAAAAGUGCAUUUGCAUCUCCCACCAUGAGACCAACAGCAUCACCCUGGCUGACUGCAAGGCAAACUCCCGGAAGCAACAGUGGAGCUGGGACCCUGCCACCAGGACCAUUGUCAGCAUUCAAACAAAGCAGUGCUUGUCAGCCCACAAGAUGCAGGAGUAUGCCUUGGUCAAGCUGGAGCCUUGUGGGGACUGGAAACACCAAGUGUGGUCCUGCAGCAAGAAAGGACACUUGACUCUGCAGAGCUUGGGUUUCCACCUCAGCACCAAGGAAGAUGGCCACAGCAUCUUUGCCUCAAGGGAGAAGAAUAAAUUCAGCAGGUGGAAGACUUUAGCAGAUGAAACCAUCUGUGCUGCUGCCCAGACGCGAGCCCUGAUGCCCAGCAAACCAACACAACAGGCUGUAGACACACAUGUGUGGAUCUAUGAAACAAAAAACACUGAUUCAUCAAAGACUCAUGCCAUGGACAAAGAAUCUUCUGUGAGCUUGACUGACCCACCUCUGGAUAACAAAUUUGUCAGCACAGUAUCUCCAGUGAAGAACAAACAGGCAUACCUGCCAGCAAAUGAGGAUGUGUCCCACAAUCACUCUAAAAAGCACCAUGGAAAUCGAGGGAAGAAUGCAGGGGCCAGGCUUGCAGGCACGAACUGGAAGACAGCCAUGCUGGUCCUCAGUCCCUUGGCGUUCAUUCUGGGAUUAAUAAUACUGACACUGAAUGUUCAUUACAACAAGAAGAAGAAAAUCCUUUCUGCUCUGAAGAGCUCCCCAGCCCCCAGCAGCGGAGCUGACUUAAGAGAGCCAUCUCCCUUACAAAGAGGUCCCCGGCCAUACCUUCCGCCAUCUCGUUCUCCUUCCUUGAGGCAUGGAGAGAUUCUUAUUGAGUGGAAAGAUGGGACUGUCACUCCUCUUUUUGAUAAUGCCAACUAUCAAAUGGACUAGCUGCAAAAUAGUGGAGCUGUUGCUCCAUCCUGUGCCAUUCUUCUCACCAGAAAGAGUGUCACUAUAGCAAAUCUCUUCCCUAGCCUUGCUGUUUUUAUGGGGAGUUGUAAGCACUAUUUGUUGGGGUGUUUUUAACACUUGAGAACAAUCUCCUUGCACAGCACGUGGUUGAAGCAAGCAGAGCAGAUGGUUUGUAGAGGCACACACUGCUUAGCUCUUCUGGAACAGAUUUAGCCUGUAGCAAACUGCAGGCUUAGCUAAAUGAAGCUGAGACUCUCAACAGAUGCAGCUGUCCAUUGCCCUAAAAUUGAAGAGCUGCUAAGCAUAUGAGAAAGUAAAUCCUUUGAGACAAGGUAUAAAGCAAAAAGAAGAGGUCUUGGUGAUCCUUAAACUCUUUUCAAGACAAAAAUAGAUGCCAACAAACACAGAAGGGUGGCAGUUACUUUGUCAGCCUGAGAACAUAGCUAAUAAGAACUGCCUUCCAGGGCUCAAAAGAUUAAACUGUUUUCCAAAUACCUGCCAAAAUAAUUCCCCUACAAAGUUAUCAAUUAAGUAAUGGCAAGCCAUUUUUCUAUCUUAAACGAUUAGACCUUUCUGCAUCACUUGCAAGAGUCCUGCUGAGAGAGUAUAAAUACAUAAACAUUUCCAUAUUUGGAUGCAUUAGACCUUAUUAUAACACACAUCCUCUUUAUGCAGAAUGACAAGCAAGGUCAGUGACACUUAUCAGAGACACUAUAUUAUACAACUGUUUUAUAUCUGCUUCAGUCUCUGAAGUUAUAUGGAAAGGGCACUGUUUUCAGCCUUUACACUUCUUGUGGGAGCAUAAUUAUCUGUGACAAUCACACUGAGUCUGAACUUCUCUCAGUGAAACUUGCAAUCUCUGGGAGUUUACCUAACAUUCCUGAAUUUAUGCUUUCCUUCUCUGUGAUCUUGUGAUGAUGUAAACUGUAACCAUGGCUAUAAAUCAGGAAUUAUUUGGAGAAAGAAAUACUGACACCAGGAAAUUACAAGUAUGAGAUGCAUCAGGAUUAUUUGUUCAGUAGAGCAAGGGAAACCACAUCCUAACCUAUCUCGUACUCAGACUUGACACAUUUCACUUGACCUAAAUUGUUGUGCUCUUUCAGUGGAGCGUGGACUUAUUUGAAGUUUCACCUAAUGCAGAAGUAAGGUCUCUAGGGAAUUUACAGUAUUUUCUUUCUUUUUUUUUUAAUUUUCCUUUUUAAACAUAGAUCCAUGGUAAAAAGCUAAAUGCAAAAAGAAAGUUUCAAGAAGUUUGAAGAAAAUAAAAUACAAACUCUAUUGGUUCAGGACAUAAAGAUCACAGAAGUUGGAAAUAAAUUUAUUCCCCAGGCCAAUUACUCCAUAAUUAUUUACUGGAAGGUUUCCCACACACUCCUUGGGAAAAUACUUUACUAGCAGACAAGAGCUGAGGAAGAAUUCUUUCUUCACCAGUGAGCAGCGAAUGCAAACAACACAGUCAGAGUUAAAUUCUGACUUUCCAAUGUUUCCAUAACAAAUCCAAAGACUUUUAAGUUUACAAAUGUGCAAGCAUCAUUUUACACACAGUUGUGGGGAUAUAUUCUGUACACAAAUUGCUCAAAGCACGCAUGCAGUGCCUCACCAAGUAUCAGAGUUACAUACCUUAUACCUUUUCUUGCCACAAUUAAUAUGCUUUCCUUUGAAAUUUUGUCCAAGGACCACGUUGCUUCACAGUGCACAGCAUUUGUUACACUCCAAAACCUUGAAGCACUUUGGAAACACUGUUUGUGCAGUGCCAUUAAAAUGGAAAUUUUCACUUGGAGUUCAGCUACUGUUGUGGUUUCCAAGGCAAGAAGUGCUUAUGUUCAUUACUGCUGAAUGGGCAGAACAGAUUACUUGUUUAUGGCUCUCUGUAAUUCAUACUUAGUAUGCUAAUCUUGCUCAGAAACAUGAAGGCAGCUGUUUACAUAGCACUGAUUAAAUGGUAGCUCAAACGCUAAUGAAAAAGUAAGACUGUGAAGCAGCACAGGCUUUUAUGUUUCAUCCCUCUCUCUUUUCCUGAUUGUUAUCUUUUAGUUUUUUCUCACUGGUUUACCUACAUUAGAUGUUAGAAAUAAAAUUUUCCAGGAUAUAGAGAGAGGAGCUGAAGGUGUGAGUCUUCAUCACCCCUGAGGUCUUAAAAAGCAUGCAAGCCUAACAUCCAUCAGGAAAGAUCCCAAAUAGCUGAUCCUGCCCUGGGGCUGGGUCCAGUGAGAGUGAGAGACUCUUCCCAUCCUCUGCUUCUAAAGUGAGCUGAGAAACACUUGGAGCAAUCACACAACCCGUGUGCUGUUCACUCCCUGCCGUCCCCUGAAUGCAGUGCUUGUAAACAGUGUUCAUUAGCAAAAUAAAACAUGACU